AUGCGUCUGUCCGAGAAGCUCGACAUUGCCUGGAAGCAUAUGCCUAAAGUUGCGACAGUGGAUUCCAUGCAAGGCCACGAAGCGGACCUGAUCAUGCUAGAUUGGGUUGUCGUCUCGGGGAAACAGUCUGGCCUCUGCUUUGCGGCUGAUAAUCGCCGCGCGAAUGUCGCCCUCGCGAGAGCAAGGUCGUGUCUGAUUGUUGUUGCCAAGGGGAAAGUUAUCAACAAUGGCCACCUCAGCGAGGCAAGGCCGAGGGAGUUCCACCCGGAGAUCCUGGCUCAUUGGCAACAUCUCCUCUACAACGAUUUGAUUGUGGACGUCUGUCAGUCGACCCAUCCCACCCACGAUGGCGUCCCCGAUACUCCCAGCAGCAACAAGUACUGGCUCCGGCCACUAUAA